AUGAAUGAAGAAAGACUAACAUAUGCAGAGCUGAAAUUAUCCCUGAAGAGUAAGAAGGACAAAAACCAGUCAACUCAGAAAAAGAGAGAAUAUCCAUGGCGCAUAAGUGUUGUGAUCCUGGGAACAGUAUGUCUUUGUCUUCUGUUGUCAAGCAUGGUCUUGGGAUAUCUGUAUUUUCAGGCUACUUCAAACUUCAAAAUUCAAAGUGAAAAAGAUGCAAGUGGAAGUGCUGUCUCCUCAAUGGAAAUGGUAGAUCCUUCAGGAUAAUGGUUGCUUUUAUUUUAAGGAAACGGCUGCUCUACAUGUCAAGGAGGAUGGUCUUGCUGUGGAAAAAAGUGUUACUACUUUUCAAAAGAAGAAAAGACAUGGGAUGAGAGUGAGAAAUCCUGUAGAGACCUGGGUUCUCAUCUCGCUAAGAUUGACAGCAGAAAGGAGCAGAACUUUAUACAAUCACGAUUGAAUUACAGCUAUUGGGUUGGAUUACGUAAAAAUGGAGGUCAGUUCCAGUGGGUACACCAUAAAGAUGCAAAACUUUCUUCAGAUUUGAAUUUUCACAUGACAACACAUUUAGCAGAUGCAGGAUGUGGAUACAUCAAGCCAAAAAAUCUCAACAGUGCUCCGUGUAGUAGAUAUUUCCACUACAUCUGUAAAAUGAAUUUUGACUGCUCGAUAACUUCAGAGAAUUGAUUCAGUGAUGGAUGUCCCACUCACAAAGACACAGAGACGGAGAUGGAUGAAAUAAACAAGAGGUUUUAAUGAUCCAGUAUACUGAGGUUG